AUGGUAAUCUUCUUCACUUCCAAAGUGGUAGAUCCUCCUGUGGCGCUAUACAUGGGAAGAGAUAAAGUCGAGAAUGAAGAGCUACUCAAAUAUGGUCUUCCAACAGAUGUCUGGUUUCAUGUAGAUAAACUCUCUUCUGCUCACGUAUAUCUUCGUCAAACCCCUGAUCAACCACAUGGACCAUGGGACGACUUGCCUGAUGCUUUGGUCAAAGAUGCGGCGCAGUUGGUCAAGGCGAACAGUAUAGAGGGGAAUAAGAGGGAUAACAUUACUGUCAUUUACACUCCUUUCCCUAAUCUGAAGAAAACGGGAGACAUGGCCGUUGGACAAGUAUCAUUCCAUUCUGAUCAUAAAGUGAAACGAGUUCACGUACCCACGAGGGAUAAUGCGAUUAUCAAUAGAUUGAAUAAAACAAAAGUGGAGAAAGAGGUGGAUCAUGAGGGUGAAAGACAAGAUCGAUUAAGAGAGGAAGGAAGGAAGAAGAAAGCAGAGUUGAUAGAACGGAAAAACAAGGAAGCCGCACAGAAGAAAGCGUGGGAAGAAGAGAAGAAACAACGGGCAUACGAAGGAAUGUUCACUGAGGAGGCUAUAUCAGCGGCGAAAGAUGAUUGGAGUGAUGAUGAUUUCAUGUGA